AUGAAUGCAAUUAUUCAGGGUGCAGUCCCUGGCACAUUCUUCUGGCGUCCCCGUUUGGGCUUAGAUUUGUCCAUUCCAACUACAGAAGCGAACGCAAAAGUUGCCCUUCCGACGAGGGGAAAUGUACAAGCGGGGCUGGUGGUGAUGAUAGAUGGCUACCAAGUCGGCAUGACCGUAGUGGCUCUCUCUGCUGGUAUUUCGGGGGCGAAGCCCUAUCCUCACCUUAACCCGGUAUCAGCUUACUUCUACACUAAUGCCUACCGGUGGGGACUUCGGCAUUUGAGUCUUAUUCCCUUCUGGAUUGGAGGCAACGGUGGCCAUUACUGCGACACACACAAAGUUUGGAGGCGCCGCUAUUAUUACAUGGACGAAUUUAUGCCCGAGUGGAUGCGUAAAAUAUUCCCCUACGUCGAUCAGAAGGAAUGGAAACAGGAAGAGGUCGAAUUCCGACGCUUCAAGAAGUACGCGGAGCCGGCGUUCGGUAAACACUAUCGGUUUCCAACCAAAGUAUUUAAUAAUUGGAAAUCGCAAGAGACAAAAGAGACCGUGGAAGAGAACAUCGACUCUUCUGCUUCGAACUAAUUAUAAUUACGAUUUUAAGUCUUUACUUAACUUAUACAUAUUACAAAAUUUAUUAUAGAUCUACCACGUUUAUCUGUAUAUAGCGCGAAAGCCUUAACACUACCGAAGCUUUUAACUUUUCACCAGAUAAGUGCCUGGCCAAGUUUGUAUAAUUCAUUAUUCUCUCAUUCGUCAUCAUUCUCGUGUCACAAUGUUCGUUCCCAUACUCGAAACGGCUCGACCGAUUCUUAUGAAUUUUUUUAUGGAUAUUCAGUAAGUCUA